UUUUUUUUUUUACAAUAAAAUCUCAUUGGCUUAGAACUUCCUCUCUUAUUUCCAAGAAAAAUUGUUAAAAAUGAAUGGCUUCUCCUCUCCUCUAGUUCACACAAGCAAAAGAUUAGAAGGGAAAGUAGCUAUUGUAACAGGAGGAGCUAGUGGAUUUGGAGAAAGUACAGUGAGACUUUUCUUACAAAAUGGUGCAAAAGUUGUAAUAGCAGAUGUUCAAGAUGAAAUUGGACAAUCCCUUUGCAACAAUCUCCUCAAUUGUCCUAAUAACAACAACAAUGAUUUUACAUACAUACAUUGUGAUGUUACAAAGGUCUCCGACGUCGAAAACCUCAUCGACACAACAAUUUCCAAGUAUGGGAAACUCGAUAUCAUGUUCAACAACGCAGGAAUUCCAGGGAAUCUCGAUUUCAGCAUAAUUGACGCGGACAACGAGAAUUUUAAAAAGGUUUUUGACGUUAACGUGUACGGAUCUUUUCUCGGGGCGAAAUAUGCUGCACGGGUCAUGAUCCCAGCAAAGAAAGGUGUCAUUCUUUUUACGUCUAGUUCGGCCUCUGUUUCCUCGGGCGAAUCGCCACAUUCAUACACCGUCUCAAAACACGCGGUUGUGGGACUCAUGAAGAAUUUAUGUGCCGAAUUAGGGCAACAUGGGAUCAGAGUGAACUGCGUCUCGCCGUGCGCGGUGGCGACACCGAUGUUAGUGAAGGCAAUGGGUGUCGAUAAGAGUGUCGUGGACGGAAUAAUUUGCUCGUCGGCGAAUUUAAAAGGGGUGGCUCCGACGGCGGAGGAUGUGGCGGAGGCGGCGUUGUAUUUGGCAAGUGAUGAGUCUAAGUUUGUAAGUGGAGUUAACCUUGUGAUUGAUGGAGGUUAUAGUACUACUAAUAUGACUUAUAUUAAAACAAUCCAAAGUGUAUUAUUUUCGAAAUAGCUUUUUUUUAGUAUUCGCUUUAAGGUUCGAUUAUAUUAGGUUAGAGUUGCAU